AGAAGCCACACCUUUUGAUAAUUAAUCCAGCCCCACCCAAGUGCGUGGGCGUGGAAGUGUUCCUUUUGCAAAAAAGACGCACAAACAACUAUGGCUUCUAUGGUUCAGAGCUUUGAAAAUGUUUGCAGUAAAGUGCUCUGUAUUGAUGAUCUUAAUGUCAUUUAUAAUAAAGUUAAAGCCAUUGCUGCACGUUGGAAGCAAUUUGCUAACUCGCUGUACAUAAGACCAGCUACUAUUAGCAUCAUUGAAGCUGAUUGUGGUAGUAGUAGUGAGUCAUGUCUGCACAAAGUUUUGGAGCACUGGUUAAAGAAGGAUUACAAUUAUGAGUCCUUUGGUUCUCCAUGUUGGAGGAGAGUGUGUGUAGCUGUUAAAGAAGGAGGAGGUGAUCCAGCACUAGCUCAAGACAUAGCCCGUGAGCAUCCUCUAUCAGCAUCUACUGGAGGAGAAAGCACAGCAGAUUCUAUUUAUGCUCUUCCUGUGAAAGAUGUUCGUCUUCUAAACGAGAUAUACAAUUUUCAAUGGGAUUUUUCUGAUAUUCUUAAUGAAACAAGAGAUGCAUUUAAGCCUAAACUCCUUUCAAAAGUUAUCGAUUAUCUUAAGACACGUGUGCAUGCUUUACUUGGUCCAAACAAAAAUAAUGAAGCUGCAAUGCAAGGAAUUAAAGAAGAGCUAUGUGACAUUGAAAGUAUAGAAGAUCUUUUCAUGGUUUUACAACAGAAGUAUGUAUCAUGGUUCAACUAUGAACUAAUAGUUAAACUUGUUAUUGUAUUCUUACCUAACAAUCGUUCAUUAAAGAAGAAGUGGUCAGGUUACGAGGAGAAAUUGAAGGAUUAUUUUCUUAACAGUGAUGGUUUAUUAAUUGAUGCUAAUGCUUUAGAAUUUGGUAUAAGAGAUGUUCCUCCUGGUACAAAAGUAAUGAUUGCUAAAGUUGAUCGUGAUGACUACACACCAGCUGACCUUUUCUUCUUUCGUCGAGCAAUACCAAAAGAACUAAAUAUUCCUGAUGUUAAUCUAUACUUUAGUUUUGUUCGUAUUGGGUCUCUACAGCUGCUACAUAAUAUUCCUGAUUACCUAUACUCUGCAUUGUUUCCUCUAUCUACUGAGAUACAGCAACAGUUAGCUAGUAUUGGUAUCACUGAACUAACAUGUGGUGAUUAUCAAUAUGAUCUAAGAAAGUUCUCAGCAUCACAAGAGUUGCAGCAGUCAGUUCAGUCAUCUUUAGAUAUUGAUAUAUGUGAUCGAUUAUGGUAUGAGAAUACCA